UUUCAUCCGCCAACAUGGGUAUCAGUCGCGACUCCAGGCACAAGAAAGCUGCCACCGGUGCUAGACGCUCUCACUACCGUAAGAAGAGAAAGUUCGAGUUGGGCCGCCCUGCCGCCAACACCAAGCUUGGUGCUAAGCGUGUCCACACCGUCCGUACUCGUGGUGGUAACACCAAGUACAGAGCUUUGCGUUUGGAAGCCGGUAACUUUUCGUGGGCUUCUGAAGGUCAGGCCCGCAAGACCCGUGUCUUGACUGUCGUGUACAACGCCUCCAACAACGAGUUGGUCCGUACCAACACCUUGGUCAAGGGUGCCAUCAUCCAGGUCGAUGCCACUCCCUUCCGUCAGUACUACGAAGGUUUCUACGGUCUUCCUUUGGGCAAGAAGAAGCUCACUGAGGCCAAGGCUGCUGAAUUCGAUGCUGCUGUCAACGCCAAGUCUGAGCAGCGCAAGAAGAAGUGGGAAGAGCGCCGUGCUAACUCUGCCGUCGAUUCUCUUUUGGAUGACCAGUUCGCUGCCGGCCGUUUGUAUGCCCGCAUUGCCUCCCGUCCCGGUCAGUCUGGCCGCUGCGAUGGUUACAUCUUGGAAGGCAAGGAACUUGAAUUCUAUCUCAAGAAGAUCAAGGUAAGAAUUAGUUGUUUGACUGACUACCGAAAUUCAUACAUGUCUUGAUCUGCUUACUUACUCUCUCUUGUAGUCUCGCAAGUAAAUUAUUUUGCAAGCGUAGAUUGGUAUUUUGAUGAUGAUAAUAAAUUAGGAUGGAAACUUUUUCCAAAAGAAUAUUUCGAUUUGCUUUUAUGUGUGAUGCAUUUGCGUGAAGUCCUUUGUUUUCAAAGUACAUGUAUAAUAGUUUGUGGCUUCAAAAUGGAUAAAGCAGUCUGCUCAAUCGACGCCAUACUAAAAC